AUGUCUCCAGUAUGGUUAUACGUACCAGCUAUCGGCGAAAUUCUUCAGCUCUUUCAGCUCGCCCACGAAGAGCAUCCGUUCAUCGCUCUUACUACGGGAUCGUAUGUCAUUGUGGGGUAUCUAGCUCAUCACCUCCAAGUAUCACCUAUUUACUGCGAAAGGUCCUUCCAAGAGGCCCGGCCUUGGACUGGUCGGCUCACACAACUUGGGUGGCUGAUUAUUCCUGGAGAGAGGGAUACUACCCACCUUCAUGAGUUAUUCACAGCAACGUCAACCGGCGGCGCUCAUAUCAGCGCGAUAACCCCUACAUACUGUAGGGCCGACGCCAGAGGUGUCCCAAUGCCUACUUGGCUUCUCCAAGAGCUGUUGAACGCAUCAGUUGAAUUCUUCUAUGCUCCGUUUCCGGAUGGGUAUCCACCUCCCGCUCCCACCCCAGCACAACAACUCACAUAUGAGGCGCUGCCUUUCACUCAUUCAAGUGUUCUCGAUAAUACGCUCUCGGAUGUCUUCCUGACUCCCGCUUCUUUUGAACUCACACCCACGGAACUUCAAGAGCUCGAUUGUGGCUAUAACUACUGGGGGUUGUCCACUAUUGCCUCUCUCAAUGGUAUUGACGAUUCAGCCGGGCCCCUUUUGGAUGAAAUGGGUGAGGAUUUCACCGAGGAGCUGGCUCUCCAAGUUUUCCAUUCCGACCUACAAUGGAGAAAGUCUAGGAGUGGCAUAUGGACAACCUUGAACAGAAAGCAACGAGACGCCCUCACCCGCGCAAUGAAGAGGUCACCUUGGUGGCGGGUCGUGAUGCUCACUAGGGCCCUGUUUGUCGCAGUUCACAAGACUUAUGAGGAGAUUCUGGAAGAACUAGUGAACAUCAAAUUCGCCAACGGAGAAACCAUUGCUGCAGGGUGGCCGGUGUUCCGUGUCAAUCUAGCUAAGGCCUUCGAUAAUUCAAAAGCAGAACUAAGGAAGGUGGUCAAAGGUGCAAUGUCACCAUACACCAGAUUCGUUGCCUCUUGGAAUGAGAUGAUCACGAGGAUCACUCACUUUGUGCUUCUUUUCAACUCAGGCAAAAGGGAUGAUAAACCGGUGUGUAAUCUGAUGACAUUGCUCUAUCACUCGAUGGUUAUCAUCUUGAAAGAGAAACACACAGGACAGAUCGACUACCAUGAACCAGAAGACAUGAACGAGAUUCUCAUGUCAGCUCUUGAAGACAUGUACUGCCUAUCCGCAUUUGUUUCCGAUAUUCACGGAGGCAGUGAAGGCUCUCCCUUUCAUAAAGGCGAGCAAUGUCCUUCCCAUCGCCCCCAAGACAGGUCUUCCGAGAACCAUGACGGAAAGGAAUGGGAGCAAGAGAUUCAGGAAUAUGACGGAUGUCGUGCCCAUCGAAAUCCAGCCAAUCGGUAA